CACUGCAAGCAAAGGAGAAGUCUAGUCGAGGAAACAGAAUCAGUAUGGAGCAGCGAAGACUGUAUGCGGCGUACGCGUGGGGUGCGUGAAAUGGCUAGGGUCCCCUUCCCCUGAACACCCCCCCGCUCCCCCCUCCAUCUCUCCUGAAUCCCCUUUUCACCCUUUGACUCCACCCAACCCAGUUCCCAGCAUCAAAUCCCGAACCCUUUCUCUCCCUCUCUCUGACUCUCAUCUCUCGAGCUUUGCUAAAUGGCCUCCGAACAAGACGACACCGUUUUCCCAGAAGAGGACCUCCUCGACGACGACGACGACGAAGAAGAAGUAUUAUCCGAAGAAGAAGAUGACGACGAAGACGAAGAUGACGUCAUCCCCGACCCCGGUUACGAUGACGUCAUAAACUCCGCCUCCCCUUCCAUCUCCUCUCCCCCGGCAGAUGCUGUUAUCGUUACCGUCGCCCUUCCCGCCUCGUCGAUCCCUAACGGCGGAACCUCGGUCGCCACCACCACCACCAUCGUCGCCUCAUCCUCUACCCCUUCUCCUAAACGACACCAUGCCGAUCGCGAAGAUAAGAAGCCCCAGCCCCUCGACGACUCCCGCAGGCUAUUCCAGCGGCUGUGGACGGAUGAGGACGAGAUCGAGCUACUCCAAGGCUUCCUCGACUAUACGACAUCGCGUGGCUCCACUCACCACAACGACACCGCUUUGUUCUACGACCAGAUCAAGUCCAAGCUCCAGCUCGACUUCAACAAGAACCAGCUCGUCGAGAAGCUACGCCGUUUGAAGAAGAAGUACCGCAACGUCGUCGGCAAAAUCAGCGCCGGCAAAGACUUCUCCUUCAAGAGCCCCCACGACAAAGCCACCUUCGAAAUCUCCCGCAAGAUCUGGAGCAACGAAGACCACAACACCGGCCGAUUCGCCGUCGAAGAUUCAGUCUUCGAUGACGAAGACGCCAAUCUCAAAAACCAUAAUUUCAACUUCAACAAUAACGAAGAUUUUGCUGAGAAGAAAUCGAAUUCCACGCCUAGGCCUCGCAAGCGGCCCCGAUCGCAGUCGCAAUCUGCGAUUCAGAGUGAAGAGAAGCGCACUUCAUCGCCGGCGGAUAACAAAAGUAACAUCAAUGAUACAAGUAAUAAUUCUAAUUUCGGGGGUUUGAUUGAGGAGACGGUGAGGAGUUGUUUUUCGCCGCUGUUUAAGGAGUUGUUAAGCAAUGCGAUGGGGAUUGGGGGGAGAGGGAUUGGGCUUGGGUUUGGGGGAUUUGGAAUGAAUGCUAUGGCGAUGAAUGUAAUGCCUUUGAGUUUUGGUGGUGGAGGAGGGGAAGGGGUGGUGGAUGAGAGGUGGAGGAAGCAGCAGAUAUUGGAGCUAGAGGUGUACUCGAAGCGGUUGGAGUUGGUGCAGGAUCAAAUUCAAGAGGCAUUGGGCGAGUUACGGUCAGUGCGACGGUAACGGAUGAGUUGAUUGACUGACUGAUUCUAAUCCGUGGGGCUUUAUCGUAAGUGGGUCGGUUUUUCUCUUUAUUAGUCGAUGAAUAUUUCUUGGUGUUAUAUUCAUAAAAAAUAUAUAUAUUUCUUGGUGUUAUUCGUAGCUUAGCUGAGUAUUGUUUUUGGGUUUUUAUAUUUUUGUUGAUUUUGAUAGAACAGUUGAAUAAUAAUUUAUAAUUGUUUAGUUUGAUAGUUACUUAUAAAAGAAAUCGUUUGGUUU